CGUAGAAGGUGGGUGCCUUUAGGCUGACGUUGACGAAGCUGCUUGGGAGCACCGUCUCGCGACCGUAGGAGGCACGGUCGCAGACACUGGCGUCGGCGGGCUCACACUUGGAGGAGGCUACGGUGUGCUUUCGGGACGACGCGGUCUGGUCACUGACAAUAUGGUGGGUGCUACCGUUGUGCUCUCAAACGGAGAUAUUGUGCACGCAAGCGAAACCGAUAACGAUGCACUGUUCUGGGGUCUGCUAGGAGCCGGCCAAAACUUUGGAGUCGUAACAGAAUUUGAGUUACGAGCGUACCCACAGAACGAGGUCUAUCAAGGUACGCUAGUCCUCCCACCUGCUCCAGGGGUGAUCAGUAAGAUUAUUGCGACCAUGAACGACCUUUAUCAUGUACCGACUCCGGGCCAGUACUCGAAGACGCAAGGAAGGCUCAGCUUGCUUCUUGGCCUUGCCCGGCCUCCAGAAGCACAGCACAAAACCAUGGUUCUUCUGAUUAUGGCCUACGAUGGCUCGGGUGAAGACUGCAAGCAGUUACUGCAACCUGUCCUUGAUCUUGGCCCGGUAGUCAACACUCUACAGAUGGGACCUUAUCCGGCGGUGAAUAAGCAGGUGCCCACAGUUUCAGGCUUCCGCAGUAGCAUGAAGGGUGCCGCCUUUGUGUUGCCUAUACGUUAUGAGUUCUUCAUGCAUAUGUUGCGAAAGUUCGACACGUUCAUGGACGCUGAGACUGAUGCUGCGGGAAGCUUGGUGGCCUGGGAGGUCUGCGAUCCCACGGCUGUAGUAACGAGCGAGAAGGGUUGCUUUGCGAAUCGUGGAUACCACUUGAACUCUCUAAUCAUGCCGUUAUGGUCAGAGACAGAGAGCGAUAUGACGUGUCGCCAGUUUGCACGUGACAUGAGCCUAGAAUUCAAGAAGGAGCUCGAACUGCACGGUCAACGGACUAGCGAGGGCAGCGAGGGAGGCGCAAGUGUCAAGGGCAGAAGGGGUGCUGUCUUGCUCUACGGCAAUUACGAUCAAUACAACGAGAUCUCACGCGACAUAUUCGGCGACAAUUAUCCCGCACUUCAGCAGCUCAAGGCGAAGUAUGACCCGACGAAUAUGUUCAACAAGCUAUUUCCUAUUACGCCUGAAGACGUGGUGAAGUUGUAACGCUGCAGUGGCUCAGGUCCGGAAUGUAGACUAUGCCUACAGUAGCAAAAAGCAAACAAUUGCUGAAGUUUGCGUACCACAACA